AUAAUAAUUCUAAAAAUAAGUUCAGCACAAAAGUUUCGCACAUAUAUUUAAUUAAAUAUAUAAUACAAAAAAAAACUUACAAGUAUGAGAUCCAUAAAAAGUAACCGAACUGAGCUGAAAAAUAUCGGCUUCAAAGUGACAUUACCCAAAUUAUUAAUAUUAACAUACGUUAUAUUAGCUCUUAGUAUAACCCAUAUUAAGGCUAGUUCAGACUACAGUGAUUCCGAUUAUUCAUCAAGCGAUGAUAGUCCCAGUAGUAAAAAUGAUGAUAUCCUUGAAACAACACUUAUAGAGCAAGCAGAAACAUUCGAGAAAAAACAAAAAACAGAAGAUAGUACUGUCAAAGAUGAACAGACUGAGUUACCCCCAAAAAGUGUGCACACAAUUUUGAAUAAUGAAAUAUCUACACAACGAACCUCAACUGAACGUGAAAAUCUUACAGAUGAAGAAGAUAUCAGUGAAGACUACGAUGAGCAUUUCCCAGUUAAUUUAAACGUCUUAACAACAACAAAACCUAUCAAUUCUACAGCUGCUACAACAUUAGUACCGGAGUAUGUGCGUAAAGGUAAAGCAGAAAUAUUUCCAGUUACGGUACCAACACCAAAUGAAUCGGAAGGAGAUACUGAUACAAAUAUCUCACUAUCCGAUUAUAUUGAUGAUGGGCAGAAUGAACAAAACUUACAACAACAACUACAAAAUACAGAGAAUCAUAAAAUAAAAAAUAUUGAAGAUGUUUUACCACUUGCCAUGAAGUUUUAUCAAAACUUUGCAAACACAAUAAACAAUGAUGCCGAAACAAAUAAUCUAACAGAAACACCACACCAACAACCUUUACCGCUACCUCAACAACAAUUGCUGCCAAACGAGUAUCGCAAUCAACACUUUCAUCCGAAUAGCUCUGAAGAAGAAUACUAUGAAGACUCACAUGAAAGCAAUGAACAACAAAUUCAACGAGAUAGUAAAACAACUUUUGCACCGAUUAAUUUUCAAACAUCCACAGUGCUUCCGAUGAUAUAUCAACCAAAUGUUGCAAUUGUACGCCCCACAACAACAGGUACAUCAGAAUUAUCAACAACAUCGACAUCAACAUCAACAUCGAUAUCAGUAUCAACAACAACCUCAAAACCAAUAACAACAUCAACAACAACAACAACUGCAACAGCAUCACCAUCUGUUGGUACCUUACCUACAACAAUAACAGCGACAGCAACAACAACAACAACAUUGCGCCCAGUAGGCAAGCAGGGUAAACAAAUAAACAUUUCACGACGUAAAUUACUGCCACAUGAGCAGUUACGCAACUACAUCGAAGAUGCCUAUAUACGCAUGCCACUUGCCGUCAUCGUCGAUCCAUCACCGGAAUCUUUGGAGAAAACUAAAACGCUUUGGCAAGAUGCAUUGCGUAUGAAUUUGAAUAUUAAAAUCGUUUUGGUCUCAUUAAAUGCUUCAGGGUCCCCAGCUGCUUAUAAUUUUAAUAAUACUCGACAAUUUUUAGCCGGCUUGAAUAGUAUUAAAGAGAACGAUGGCGGUGAUGCAUUUAUAGGCAUUGUACAUGCCUCUGAAUUAGUGCCAUACGACAGUGCCGUAUUUAUUUGCACUGCUGAAAUACCAGAUCAUACCGAUUUGGUACAGGACGCAGCUAUAACACUACUUAAAAAGAGAAUACGGCUUUACUUGAUAUGGUAUGGAGAGCGAGCAAUAAGUGAAAAUGAAACUCAAGAUGAAGUGGGCGGUAUUUUAGGUGAAGUAGCAAUACGGUCCGGCGGCGAAAUAUUGCACAUUGUCGGCAGUGAGAAUUCGCAAGAAUUGGAAGGCAACACGUUAAAUAUUGUAGCUGAUGCACUUCGUGGUUCUCAAGAAGUAGAUGUACCAGUGGAUACAACGCUUGCAAGUUUACAUGUAAAAAUUGACAAACCUAUGCGAUCAGCUAUACUUGAAACGCCCAACGGUGAAAUAAACUUAAGAAAACUUGUUAAAUUUAAAUCACGUAUAUUGACACUUGGUAAGGACGAUCAGAGAUUAGAUGCUUUUGUACCAUUAACAAAACUACGUAAAUCAACCGUGUUUAAACUAAAAAUGGUGCCGGAAUCAAUGGAAGAAGAAUAUAGCGUUUUCGUACGUGCAGAUCGUAAGGCCGACCUCUUUUUGGAUGAUAUGAUCAAACGUUUUGACACAUAUUUCUUCGAUGGAACAUCCUCAUAUCCUUCGAAAUUUCGAAACAAUCGUUUGCAAAGUAUUACUUCAGCAUUGGCAGCAGCCACUUUAACUACACAUGAUAAUUUAAAAUUUCCCGAUGACGACAAAAAAGAAGAUACCAAUGAAUUACUGGAUGUACCGAAAUCAGAAGUGGAGACCUUUUCGGAUACAGAGAUACAUACAAAUGUUACACCAAACGAAACGUUGACUGACGACGCAACAAAGAUGGCUGCUAAACAAUAUGCUAAAAAUUUACUACAAAUUGGUACUACCAGAGUUGAAAUGGGGACUAGUUCACAAAUUUUAGUUGCUCCAGGAAUGAUGGGACAAUUAUAUUUUGAAAUUACUAAUACUCGAACAUCCGCUGUAUAUCAUAAUUUGCAAGUAAUUGAUGAGAGAAAAUUUUUGGUGAGAUUAGUACCACAAAGCAUUUUUAUAAGACCUGGUGAAACUGUUACAGUUACCGUAACUGUUGUAGUACCAAACAGUACGCCACAAGGUACUGUUGAUAAAAUUACAUUUACUUGUCAUGGCAGUGGUACUGCAGAAACAACAUCAUUAUCAUUGAAUUUGAAAGUUAUGACACCAACAGAUAUACAGGAUACUACAUCACCAAGUUUGUCAUGGGAAUUUGGAAAUCGUUGUGAAAAUGUGCCGAGGGAUGCUUCAAAUUGUGGUGAAAGAUUUUGGACAUUAGACAUCACUGCACAAGAUUGGCAAACGGGUAUUUUGCGACUACAGUCAACGCCUACGGGUCUUAUAUACAGAAAUUCUUAUACUAUUGGUUCAACAGAACCUUUAAAAGCCACUUAUAUUGCAAGUUGUUGUGAUCCUAAAGUAUCUUUGAUUGCAUACGACAUAGCAGGAAAUCAAAAAUCUAACACUAUUGAUGUACGAGAUAUUGUGCUGACAGAAGCGUCCAUUGCAGCCAUUACAUUGGGUGCGAUUUUAUUGAUUUUACUGAUAAUACUAAUGAUUGUGGGUAUUGUAUGGUGUUGUCGAAGACGUCGAGUUGUCUUAGAUUUACCCACAUAUCGUUCUCAUUCGACUCGAAGUAUGGAAUAAUAAGGCAUUAAUCAGGACUUAAGUACCAAAAGAAUUUCUUAUGGCAAAAAAUCAAGUAUAUAUUGUAUGAAUAAAUAAAAAUAUGUGUAAACGCAGCAUUAUUUUGUGUCAACAUGUUGAUUUUAUAUAGCAUUAAGAGUCUAUAUAAGUUUUUUACCUUAAGCAAUG